AUGGCACCUACGCAGUCCGUGAAGAAGUAUCCCUCUGCCUACGGGCACGGCUUUAUGACCCGCUCUGAAGGUGUGAAGGGCGAGCUCGACACCCACAAGGCAGGACACUACUUUAAGGGCUAUCAAAAGAAAGAAGAUGAAGUGCAAGCCAACUACAUUGUGCAUGAUAGAGAGCACCCACAGGCGCCUCCGCACACGUACAUUGCUGGCCCCUUGAGCCCCCUCCACUACGGGGUACCUCUUGCUGACGGCCCAGAUCCUGGCGUCUCCGCCGUUUCAAAUGCGCUGUUUGGAGGCAGCCCAGCGUUCACGCCCAUCCCAAUAACCUCCAAACCCGUCUUCCGCAGGAGGCAAAGAGGUGACAGCUACCCCGAAUGGAGCAACGCCUUCGUUACAAGAGUUGACCCCUGCGAGUGCAUUAGCCCCGAAGAGACAUAUACGCCCUACGAAGUCGCCAAGUAUAGAGACAGCCAAGGCCGCAACAAGCGACCAAAAAUAGCCUCACGUAUGCUUCUUGGUCUUUCAGCGGCAAGGAGGCGCCAGGCCUUGCCUAACGUCCAAAGGGAAGCUGCGAACGCACAGCGGAACCUCGAAGCACAGGCUUUUCCUGGGGCAAUCGACAUUCCUCACCGAGGGUGCCAUGAAAAGGUGUACAAAACAUCGUGGUAG